AUGGGUCAAGGAACGUCCAGUUAUGGCAAGGGCCAGAAGGGUAAGAAGGAUAAGAAACAGAAGCCUAAAUAUGAGCCACCGGUACAAUCCAAGCUCGGUAGGAAGAAAAGGAAAGGGCCAGCUACUGCAGAAAAGUUACCUAGUGUUUACCCAAGUACCAGAUGCAAGUUGAAAUUAUUGAGAAUGGAGAGGAUCAAGGAUCAUUUGUUGUUGGAGGAGGAGUUUGUUACCAAUUCGGAAAUCUUGAAGCCUUUCGAGAUGAAACAAGAGGAGGAAAGGAAACAACUGGAAGAAAUUCGGGGUACGCCGUUAUCUAUUGGUACUUUGGAAGAGAUAAUUGAUGAUGACCAUGCGAUUGUGACGAGUCCAACUACACCUGAUUUUUACGUUAGUAUUUUGUCAUUUGUGGAUAAGGAGCUGUUGGAGCCCGGAUGUUCUGUGUUGCUACAUCACAAGACAAUGUCGAUUGUUGGUGCAUUACAAGAUGAUGCGGACCCUAUGGUGUCUGUUAUGAAGAUCGAUAAGUCGCCGGCAGAGUCGUAUAACGAUAUUGGUGGAUUGGAAGCACAGAUUCAAGAAAUUAAAGAAGCGGUAGAAUUGCCGUUGACGCAUCCAGAAUUGUACGAGGAGAUGGGCAUCAAGCCGCCCAAGGGUGUCAUUCUAUAUGGUGCGCCGGGUACCGGAAAGACAUUAUUGGCCAAGGCAGUAGCAAAUCAAACAUCAGCUACAUUCUUGAGAAUCGUGGGAUCGGAGUUGAUCCAGAAAUAUUUAGGUGACGGACCUAGACUUUGUAGACAGAUAUUUAAAGUCGCUGCCGAAAAUGCUCCAAGUAUAGUAUUUAUUGAUGAGAUUGAUGCAAUUGGUACAAAAAGAUACGACUCCAAUAGCGGCGGCGAAAGAGAAAUCCAAAGAACUAUGUUAGAGUUGCUAAACCAAUUGGAUGGUUUCGAUGAUAGAGGAGAUGUUAAAGUCAUAAUGGCUACUAACAAAAUUGAAAGCUUGGACCCUGCUUUAAUCAGACCAGGUAGAAUCGACCGUAAAAUUUUAUUCGAAAACCCAGAUAUAACUACUAAACGCAAAAUCUUGGGAAUUCACACCUCAAAAAUGAACCUAAGCGAAGAUGUUAACUUGGAAACCCUAGUAACCUCGAAAGACGAACUCUCGGGUGCUGAUAUCAAAGCUAUGUGCACUGAGGCCGGCCUUCUGGCCUUGAGAGAAAGAAGAAUGCAAGUUACCGUGGAAGACUUUAAACAGGCUAAAGAACGUGUAAUGAAAAAUAAAGUUGAAGAAAACUUAGAAGGCCUGUACUUGUGA